UUCAUCUCCAUCUUCAUCUUCAUCUUCAACUUCAACUUCAUCUUCAUCUUCAACUUCAUCUUCAUCUUCAACUUCAUCUUCAACUUCAUCUUCAUCUUCAACUUCAACUUCAACUUCAUCCUCCAAUCAAUGCAUGAGGCUCCAUGCCAUGCUCGGGAAGCAGAAAUACAAGAGCGAGGUGUAUAAAGAACAAUUAAAAGAGCAACGAAGAAGAAACAAGGAGUUGGAGGAUAGACUUGCGGAGACCUCUAAGCAGUUGCUUCGGGUCCAGGGACGUGAUGAUGAGACAGUCCAACUCCACACAGAAACCAAGAUAAUCUCGCUUUCCAAAGAACUUGAACAGAAAGAACAACGCAUAAAAGACCUCACAGCGCAAAACACUUAUCUCCAAUCCCAAACCACCGCACUCCAAUCCCAGAUGCACGAUGCCCAAACCGAGUCCCGUACCCACCUCACCCACCUCACCCACCUCCAAAACACCCACACCGCCCUUUCAAAGAACCUUCAAGAAUCUCACGCACAGGUAACCCACCUCCGACACGUAGUGAUGACAGGGGACACCGAGAAAAAAGCAUUAGAAGACAAACUCCGCGUAUCAGAACAAAACCUCUGUGCAUCAGAAGACAAACUCUGCGUAUCAGAAGAAAACCUCCGCGUAUCAGAAGAAACCCUCCACGUCUCAGAACAAAACCUCCACGCAUCAGAAGAAAACCUCCGCGUAUCAGAACAAAACCUCCACGUCUCAAAAGACAAACUCCGUACAUCAGAACAAAACCUCCACACAUCAGAAUGCGCACGGAAACACAUCUCAAACGAGUUGCUGAUGCAGGUUAACGCGAAUAUGCAUCUUGUGGGGGAGAUUAAGGGUAUGGAGGAGAGGGUGAGGUUUUUGGAGAGAGAGAGGGAUGGGUUUAGGGUGGAGUUGGAUCGGAGGAUGGUGGUGGUUUCGAAUGUUGAGGAGGUUGAGGAGGUUGGGGUUGGGGUUUUGGAGAGUACGGCUGUAGAGGCGCCUGGGGAGGAGGAGGAGCAGGUCGUUGGUGAGGAAGAUGAGUCCCUGUUUGGUAUUUGAGGCCCUGAGGACUGGAUA